AUGGCACCCCCGUCUCCCUUCCUCGCUCUCCCGCGAGAAAUCAGAGAUGCGAUAUACAAGCACUACGUCGCGAUCCCGGGUGGAUAUGUCUGCGACCCUGGUCGAUUCGCCGCAAAUGUGCUUGAGCGUAACGCCGCAAGUGUGCCGAAGAUCAAUAUCGCCGGUCUGUUGAAGGGCGCCAACGACCAGCCCAUCGACCUGAACCUCUCUUACACCUGCCGCCUCAUCGCAACCGAAAUGCAUGGAGUGGCACUGCGUAUCAAUCCUAUUACUUUCACGACUGUCUACUCUGACGACCUUCGCAUGCUCGCUUUGCGUUUUGACAUGUUGCUAGGGGAGCUGGAAUGGCACCAAAAGCAUCUGUUCUAUUCUGCCUGCCAUACUAUUGCCGAGAAAGAAUCCUACAAAGAACUGAAGUUAACAUAUCCGCAGUUCGCUUUCCUGCUGAAUGCGAUCGGAGAUGAAGGCGAUGAAUUUCGUGACGGCGAUCUAUAUCAACUUGAGUCGUUUGGCGAAGCACCUUCGGCACUGUCGAAAUUACUCAAGCAAGGACUUCGACAUGUCGUAUGCUUAGACACCGGUCGCGCCGCUCUUCGCCGCGUCUACGCCCGCGUCGAAUCAUACAGACGCGAUACGAAGAUCCAUGACAUUGACGGUAUGGCUAAAGACGCGUCAGAGUUCUGGGACAUUCCACAAGACAGCAGACUCCAGGCCAUGGCUGCUUACUGGCCCCAUGGGGAGAAGACUGGUUAUAUUGAGGACGUGAUUACAAAGAGAGAUCGAGUCAAGCACCGCUUCUCAGCAGCUGCUGCUGCGAUUCUUUUCAUGGAGUCUUGCGAUCGAACGUUGCGAAUGCAGCUGCGUAAGAUUGUUGUGCGCGAAGAUCGCAAGGCGGUUGGUCAUCCUGCGCGUCACGCACAGGGCCUCAUUCCGUUCUGCCAGGAAAAUCCUCUGCUUAUCGUGGAGCGCCGGGUUGACCUGUGGAGGAAUGCUAUCCAAUCUGAAUCUCACUACCGGCCAAACCGCCAUCACCCGAUGAGCGACUACACUACCAACAGACGCGACUGGGUUAUCGAAUCCGACGUCGUCAGCGACAACAUACUGGUUUGGAUCCUGGAAGCUUUGGCGCUUGCGCCUGCAGGCAUGCCAGGCAAGUCCUUCUCCCUCGUUCUGGACGCUGAGCCAGCACCCCAUCUGAUGACCCAAAUGUUCCAGGCAAUUGUCCAGCGCGACGCUGCCUGGCAACAAGCCUGGGACGAAUCAGUAGAAAAGGGCAUAAUCAAGGAACCAUCUUGGUUGGACGGUGAUCCGUGGGAUGAAUAUUAUCCGAGCUACACCUUCAAGCAUCUUCCACAGGCACUGCGAGACAUCGCCGAAGAAAAGUCGGUCGUGCGGUGCAACUUCGACAUUGGCGAGCCAUGGGACUUUGAGAGAUUGGUUCGAGAGCACAAGGGCUGGAGUCACGCCAACUGGGCUAAGGGUUGGGCAGAUGAACGUGAGCGCAAGAUCUGGGAAACCGAGUCUCCGUUGCCUUCGUGGAAAAGUAUAUUGGAGGAGAACCUGCUCCCGGUACCUGACGAUCAUGUUCACUUCAGCUAUUCUGACAGAGGACUCGAUCUCUGA